GCUAGUGUUGCGAUGGCUGCCGUCAGUGUUCUCGAGGACUCGCUCGGUGUUCUAUUGUGGCGACGUUUGUUAUUCGUCGUGUAACGCGGUUUUUUUUAUUUUGUUUUCCACUCUCUUAUAAAUAUAUAUUGUCCAUAUGAAAAAUAAUAAUAAUCCGUCUUUUCUCCGUCCUUAUAUAUAUCCAUGGAAUAAAAUUCCAAUGUAAAUUAUUUUCCGCCCAGUGUUGUGUUUUUUUUUUUUUUUUUGGUGAAGGAAAGAGAAAAUCGCGUGUGUUGUAUAGUAUUUUCUCUGUCUCUCUAAUACAGUGGCUGUGUAUUCCGACUUUCCUCUCGCAGUGUUUGUGUGUGUGUGCGCGGUUAUUUUUUUUUUUUUUCCUUCUCACUUCUUCUUAUAUCAACCAUCUCUUUUCCUCUGUCUCGCCACUACAAGUGCAGUCUGUCCGAAUUUUCUAUAUAUUCGGAGCCCUCUUUACAAUCAAGUGUACAAGUGAGUGUUUCUUUUUUUUUUUCUCGUCGUUUUGCGUCCAUUGUGUUUUGUCGUGCCUCCAAAGUUGUGUCCACAGGUGUUUGCAUAAGAAAUUUUGGAUUUUUUUUCUCGAAUAAAUAGUGGGGUGUGUAUCGCAGCCGUCCAAGAGAAGUCUCUUCUCUUUUUCCCUCUCAUUGUGUGCCAAGAAGCAAAGAAAGAAAGAAGAAAAAAAAAAAUAAAUCCAAGUGUGAGAAAAAUAAAAUAGCAAGAAAAGAAAAAAAAUAAAAAGAAGUAAAGGAGUCUGGAAAGUAGACGAGAUUUGUCCUCGUUUAAUGUUUGUAGUGCGUCGAUUUCAAUUCUUAGUUUCCCGAGGUGCAAUGACUCGGCACGUGCCACACUUUCGUACGUGCCUAUAAAAGAAAACGAAGAAUAAGAAUAAAAAGCACAAGCGCGAAAAGAAGAUAUACGACUCUUUCAACACUUAGAAGAAGGAAAGGAAGCAAAUAUCCGUGCCAAAAGUUCGAGUCGGGUCAAGUUUGAAUUUACCUGCACAAGACGUGUGUGUGUGUGUGUAUUCAACAUUACACACACUCUCUCUUUUUCUAUUUUUUUCAGUGCCAGAAAAAAAUGCAAUCGAUCACCCAAAAAUCAACACUCGCCAUUAAGGGACCAAUUUUCUCAUUUUCACUACAUUCGUAAUUUUCGCAAAAAAAAAAAAUGUCAAAAAUGAUUUUUUAAGAAAGAAAAAAUGUUACGGUAGAAAAAAAAAUUUGGAUGUAAAAUUUUUUUGACGAAGAAUGCAAGGAAUUUGGAUGUAGAGGGAAAAAAAUACUCUUAGGGGUGUAAAAAACGAGGAGAGAGAGAGAGAGAAAUAAAAGAGAAAACGAUGUCUAUAAGGUUGAGUGGCGUUUACCUGGUGCAGGCCACUGGAGCCACUGAUGGCAAUGAAAAGUCAGGUAAAGUCUCGCAGGGAAACGAGAACAAUCACCAUCAUCAUCAUCAUCAAAGUAAAACCGUGACAAUUGUAGCCGGUCCACAGCGUAGCAACAGUUUGGAUUACCUGAAUUUCGAGGAAAAACGACAACUAAUAGCCUCAUCGUUGUCACUCAGUGAUUUUCUUGCUCAUGGACCAGCGGCAGCUGCUGCCGCUGCCAAAGAAGUCGCUGCCAACACUGUUAUUGGUGAGUCAUUUGUUUAUGUAAAUCUUAAUUUGAAAUAUUU